CGGGUGACGCUCUCCCGGGAGUGCCUUCUCGCCGCUGUGCCGGGGGGCGGCUGUGGGGUGUUUAUUCCGGGCCAGCGCCGGGCCCUGGGCGGCAGGAUGUGGUUCCUUUACCUCCUGAGCUGGCUGUCGCUGCUGCUGCAGGUGGCUUUUGUCACGUUGGGGAUCGCUGCUGGCUUGUACUAUCUGGCAGAAUUAAUCGAAGAGUAUACAGUAAUUACCAGCCGCAUUAUCAAGUACAUGAUAUGGUUCUCCACGGCAGUGCUGGUUGGACUCUACCUCUUUGAGAACUUUCCUGCAUUAAUGAUUGGAGUUGGACUUUUCACAAACCUCGUCUACUUUGGCCUCUUACAGACCUUUCCAUAUAUCCUACUCACGUCACCCAAUUUUAUACUGUCCUGUGUGCUGGUGGUUUGUAACCAUUACUUGGCAUUUCAACACUUUGCAGAAGAAUAUUAUCCCUUUGCUGAGGUACUGGCUUACUUCACACUGUGCCUGUGGAUAACCCCUUUCUCCUUCUUUGUGUCCCUUUCUGCUGGAGAGAAUGUCCUUCCUUCCACUAUCCAGCAGGGAGACGACGUUGUGUCAAACUACUUUACAAAGGGAAAGAGGAGCAAGCGAUCAGGAAUCCUAGUAAUCUUCACCUUCAUCAAAGAGGCGAUCCUGCCCAGCCGACAGAAGAUUUACUGACUCUGUGUGUGUGUUCAUGAACACUUGUCAAAGUGAGGGACAGGGUGCAGGAGGGUGCAGCUGACAGACCGAGAGACUUCCUGACGUGGAGAAUUAUGAGCUCCUGCUGUGGACUUUAAUUUGGGAUUGCUUUUGAUUUUUGUUUUUGUUCUUAAAUGGUCCCUCCUCCUGAAGGAAUAUUGGUUGAAGAUUUGAAACGCAUUAUCUUUGCACAGAUUUUGGAAUUUCGAAGGACUUCAAACAAAAAAAAAAACGAAUCUUGUUCCAUUUGGAGAGGAGGCAGUUGAAGCUCCCCACAUGAUGUAUUCGGUGUAGACAUUGCCAAUUUCUAAUGGAGUGGAUGAUUGCUGUACGUGGUCAUGUUGUUUCCAGUAAACCUUGUUCAGUUUCA